UAAAGUAUUUACCAUAAGUACAUGUAUAUAUAAUCUAAAGUCUGUGUUUGGAUUGAACUACCUAUGGUCAUUCUACAAGUUUACCAGAUGGUGUUUAGUUAAGAUGUUAUUGGUGGAGCUGAAAGACAACAUUGCCACAGAUAUUACAUAGGAUAUGUAUUGUACAGUAAAUGUUGAAACACCUCUACCCUACCAUGGGAAGUAAACCGGUUUGCCACUCUUGGGACCGAACAGAGACGUGAUGUCAUUGUCUAAUGGGUCCCUCUCUGGGUCCCUGUCAGGGUCCAGUUCUGGAGGACUGCUGCGGCCCUCAGGGAGCACCAUGGAGACAGGGGGGACAAUUAGUGGGCAGCAGACAGGAUCCCUCAUAGGCUCCACAUCACAGUCUGCCACCAAGCCAAAGUCCAUGAAAGAAGAGGAGGAUGAAAUACUCAGGGAAAUUUGCAGUGUUAAUGGAUUAAAUUACAACAAAAUAGAGAAUGGAGAGGUUUUUACUUGUACUGUGCUUGAGAUGUUCUUCUCUGGGAUGCCGAGGAUUGUGGCAAUGAGACACUUCCCCAACGUGACCUGCCUGACCGUUGUCGACCAACAGAUACAGAAGAUUGAGGGCCUGUCAUGUCUAACUAACCUCAAGGAACUCUGGAUCAGCGAGACAGAGGUCAAGAGAAUAGAAAGUAUUGGUGCUUUAAAGAAACUGCAGAAGUUGUACUUAUUUUGCAAUAAGAUCAGUAAGAUAGAGAAUUUGGAUCACCUAGUGGACCUGGAGGUGCUAUGGCUCAACAGCAACAGUAUAGUCCACAUAGAGAACCUUUCAUCUUUAUGCAAACUAAGAGAGUUGAAUCUUGCACAAAAUUGUAUUACCAAAAUAGGUCAUACGUUAGAUGCCAAUCAGAGUGUAGAAGACCUCAACCUGUCAGGAAACAGCAUAUCAUCCUUACGGGACCUGACCCACCUGAUGCGACUGUCCAAGUUAAAGAGCCUAAGUAUGAAGGACCCGAACUACUCGCCGGCGCCAGUCAGCCUGCUCUGUAACUACUCCACACAUGUACUGUACCACAUGCCCCACUUGGCAACACUGGACACUUACGACGUCAGCAAGUCUAUUGUGGACAUGGCCGAGACAACAGUGAUGAAAAAGAAAAUGUAUUACAACAUGAGGGUGAAAACAGUGAGGAGAAAUAUGGUUGACAUUUUAUCCAAGAUGGAAAUAUAUAAACAACGUUUACACGAAUUUCCUCGUGAGCGGAUUCGUGCAUUAGCAAGUGCGAUAAAAGAGGUGCGAUCAGAACUUGAGGAAAUGCAUGAUUUCAACAUUUUGGUGCCUGUGCGCAAAGCCUCCAACUCAUCUAAUGAUGAGGAGGAGGAGCAAGAGGAGGAGGAUGCUGAACUUGUUUUGACGGUUGAAAUAGAGAACCAGGUGACCAAAUGUUGUCUGACCUUGUCACUAACUAGUAAUUGUAUGUAUACUGCCUGCCUGUGUUCAGCCCUCCCUCAGCAGAAUGAUCUGUAGUUGACCCCUCUAACCUCUGCAUGUACAUGUAUAU